UAUAGAGCGUGCAUCUCUUAUAAACACAGGUGGCACCAGAUCGCUGGACACUACACUAUCUAAAGUCGCUUCUAAUACGUACCCCAGGAUGUGUGAUAAAACGGUGCUGAGAUCUUUGGUGUUGGUAGCGGCUGCAGCGUGCGUGGCCGCACGGCCGGAGCCACCAACGUCCUACGGCGCGCCAUCACAGUCUUACAGCGCUCCUUCUUCUUCAUACGGUGCUCCGGCCCCACAAUAUGGUCCUCCCCAGCAGCCAAUAGUCCACAAGCAUGUAUACGUCCACGUGCCACCACCAGACAAUGAAUAUCCAGCGCCCCGCAAACAGAUACAUGUGCCUCCUCCGCAGAAACACUACAAGAUUGUGUUCAUUAAGGCGCCUACGCCACCCACACCCACUGCCCCUGUUAUCCCAUUGCAGCCUCAGAACGAGGAGAAGACCCUUGUCUACGUUUUGGUGAAGAAACCAGAGGAACAACCAGAUAUUGUGAUCCCAACACCAGCUCCGACUCAACCGGCUAAACCUGAGGUUUACUUCAUCAGAUACAAGACACAGAAACAAGAGGGAUAUCCUGCGGCUGCUUCCCCGGCAGCUGAGUAUGGCGCUCCCGCAUCGGCUCCUUCCUCCGAGUACGGCGCUCCAUCUGGCGGAAGCUCUUAUUGAACCGGAUUUGUUGGCAUACUUUCGUGACCCUCCCCUCUUAAAUAUCUACCAAAAGUUAUUUCAUACAUAUUAAGUAGAUAUAUAGCAUAAUUACUGUAGUUGUUAGUUUUGAUUACUGCAGUAACAGGGUCGUCGAUUUGUAAAUCAAUGAUGUUAUACUUACGUAAUAUAUGUAAUUAUAAUCAAUUACUUAUAAAAUAGCUAUAAUAGUUAUAAAAUUUACUACGCUUUACGUAAUUACUUUCACUGUAGGUAUAACGAGUAAGUACAAAUUUGACAGCCGUGAUUGAUUAUAUUGUUUAGAUGGAUUUUUAAUAGAAAAAUAAUUAUUAUAUUUGUUAUUAUACGAAUGCUUAGUUUCAAAUUUGAUUAUUUUAUUAAUAUUGAUGUUUUAUGUAAUACUAAUUAAAUUAUCAAAUUUAAAGAAAAGCAUUCGCAUUCACAUAAAAUACGUUUCUUUCCUUUUUUAAUGAAGUGAAAUAAAGAGAUUUUCUAAUUUUGUGACGAAAGGACUCUUAUCAGGAGAGUUUAGAUAUUUUAGAGGAUGGACGGGUGCGGUGACCACUAGCAUUGUGAUGACUGUGCACUGUGCUGCAAUGUUAAUUUUUAUUUUGCAUCAAAUUGAUGUCCUUGUUUGUAAAUAUAUUAUUUUAUACAAUAAAAUG